CCAUGGUGGCGAGAAUCGCGCGACUCGCGAGUGCAAAGUCGCAAUAGAAGCGACAUUUCGUACACGUUGGUGGCGAGAACGCGAGUGACGACGAAAGAUCUCUCUGGCGAGAGAUCGACAUCGCGUUCGGGAAUCGUGUUCUGAUCGGUGAUUGAUGCGAACUACAUCGAGCCACGGCCGUUUUUGGAUGGCAAUGUAGUGCUCGAUCGAGUGCGAGACGCAGAAAGACACAAUAUAUGUGAAAGUGAACACCGCAUUCAACGGUGAAUUUGCGACGAAUGACAUGUCGUUAAAAGCAUAAACACAAAAAACAGUGAGAUAUAUCGAUGCAUCGCUUUGCGCGAAUGGUACAAGCGAUACGUCAUCAAAUCCACGUUGGUAUCUCUGGAAGAGAUUUCCAGGAAUGUGAUAGCGGUGGGCAUUAUCGCAAAUUCAUCUUGACUGUCAACGUGAAUAAAUUAAAUCCCCAUGCACGUGGUAUGCCACAUCAAAGUGCCGCAAGAAAUUAUGCUGAAGAAGGCGGUGAUCAGUGUGCAUACAAUGCGUACUUCGCGUGGUCGGUAGUCGCCGUUCCUACAUCCAGCUAAAAAAUAUACGGAGCGAGAUCAUCAUGUCCGCAGACACCGAAUUUCCGAUGACAAUAAAAGACAUUCUGAAAUUUGAAUGUUUGAAUGCUGUGUCGAUCAAUGUAGCUUCGAAAAUGGACAGAUUCUUCCUCUACGGCUUACAGGCGAUAAAAAGGAGAAGCACGUCAACAUGCUAUGCCUUCAUUACUUUAGCUCAAGAGAAAAAUUGCAGUUGCACGCAAUGGAUUAUGGGAAAAUGAACGACUGCGCCAUUCGACUGCCUAGCGAGGACAAGUGGCUCGAUUUUGGGAACUACUGCAAUAAAGAACGAGUAUCGUUCAUCGUUUAUGAUUUGAAGUGCGUUUUACGGAAGAUGGAACUCGUUAGAGAAGACGCACGUACACCAUCGGUAUCUAAGAGUAGGAAUAGUAGACGGGUUCUAACUAUUGUCCUCUAA